GAUUCACAAGAUGGUGUCUUAAUUGACAAACUUGCCAGGCUGCCGUGGAAUUGUUGUGGUAUGCCACUCUGACCCUCUUUUCCGUGUUGUAACUAGAAGUAAUGAGCUAUCCACCGGAAGCGUCGCGAUCUUGUCAUGAAGCGGAUGGUCGCAGUGACCGAAGCGGUGGUAGUGGUGGAGCUGCGGGCAGCACGAGCAGUGGUGGUGUUUACGGUCCACUUUGUGGGACCAGUGGGAAAUGGCCAUUUUCGACGUCAUCCAUUGAUCCACCAGUGGCUAAUGACCGCCUCCUUUCCAACUGGAAGAAGUGGUCUCUCGGUUUAGAUUAUCUUCUCCAAGACAGCGAAGGUGUAGCGCUGUUCAAAUCUUAUCUACAAUACGAAGGCUGUUCAAAUUUACUUGACUUCUGGUUCGCAUGUCAAGGAUUUCGAAGCAAGGUGGAUCCAUCUGACCAUCGGAAAAUAUCACAAUUGAUAAAAGCUAUUUACCGGACUUACAUCCGUGGCUCUAGUUCGGGAAAUGUUGGCUUCACCACAGCUCCGAUUACAACGAUGUUAACAGAACCUCAAGUUCUUAUUCAGCCGCGUACAGAGCCAAUCAGAUUACGGACCGAGACCCGUCGGAUGAUUGCCGAACGUAUUUCCAGAAAACAUGCCCUUGACCAGACGGUUUUCGAUCCCGCCCAAGCUGAGGUCGAGCAGUUUCUCCGCACAACUGCCUAUCCAGCCUUUCUUAAAUCUGAUGUUUACGUCGACUUCCUUCAGUCAACAUUAGAGGGCUCCAAUCGACGCUUCCAACUCAGUCAACCUGGCACGUCCUGGUCCAGUUGCCUGGUCGAUAGUGCUUCAGGCCAUUCUGUACACGGUCUGCCGGAAGGUCCCACAAAUUUUCCUUUGAGUGGUAAGAUUCUGCCAACUUUAGAGGAGGAUCGUGAGCUGAAUUCCGAAGAACUUUCAGGGCAUGUAGGUUUAUCGCAUCUUCGACCAGCAUCGUCCUCAUGUCCUCCGAACCCAGCCGGUGAUUCUAUGCAUCUGUCAUCCGCACAAUCCCCACCUUGGCAUUGUCCACAUUGUUCACAGUACCAUUCCCAGGGACAUCAAACUCCGUGCACCGCAAGCGAUCCCGUCCAACGGACCAACUAUCCUCCUCCACAUUUAUUUCCUCCAGGUUUUCGACCCCCAUUUUCUGUACCCAUGACGACCAAUGCGGUUGUAUGUUCUGCUCCAUUAACCGUGGAAAAUUUGCAAAUGACGCGGUUCUAUCGCGCAGAACUCUCAUUGCAGCAGCAUACAUUCUCAAACCAUCCAACACGGUCACAACAACAGCAGCAGCAGCAACACCCGGCGCCACAGCCAGCAAGCAUGCCUGCCUCGUUUGGUCCAUUGCGACCGGCAUUGUCACCACCACCAGCCUUGAUACAGCCACAGGAUUCUGGGGAUGCAAAUCGUCCGAGAAAUGCCUAUUAUUACUACCGCGGUUGCGACCAAAAGCCAGGGGCCUUUCCACGGGCUCACUUGAACUACAUGUACACUCACUGGGCCGAUGCGGUUUGUCCUCUGCCCACACAGGCAUCGGAUCCACGAUCAGGCAACCGUCUACCAUCGCAACCACCCAAUCCCUACCACAUUUCCUACGCUCCGGUUUCUGCUCGAGACUCCGAACGCCACAGUUUGUCCAGUGAGGCUCGGACGGAUGAUACGCAUUCGCACACAGACAGCAGUCAUGAUGGUGGUGGUACUCGACUUUGGCAUUCUUUCGGCCAUCGUCAUCCUGCCAGUCAUUCUUACCACCAGUCAGAUCGUCACACCCAACCGCAUCACCCACCACCACCACAACAACAACAACACCAUAACCAGUCGACAACAGCACCGCAGCCAUCUGCUCUGGCUCCCCCAUCGCUUCGCGGUCAGUCUGCAGACUAUCCACAUUUGGCCGAAUGUUCCGAGUGUGUGUGCACACAUCACCGUGCCACCGUUACUUCCCUAUCUAGUCCAGUCCCUUUUGUCACCUCACCGAGACCAGCGUUUCCUACUCGUGAGGAUUUGGGCCACUCACAACGACUGACCGGAUUGGACACCGCCACUGGAACGAGUAUGACUCAGUCUCAGGUUGGACAACGAAUGCAGCCUGUCCAAUCCACGGAUCAUCAGCCUGGCCGUUCUCACGCGAAGCACCAACGCCGUGCCGUGCGUCGUGGUGUGACUGGCUGGCGCAGCGGUGAUCGUAGCAAGUCAGCGGCUGCCCCAGCUGUUGGCGACGCGCUUCCGGAACCGGUGACUUCCAAGACCACAGUGUCUCGCUCUCAUAAUCUUGCGGAACGAGACCCUCAGGCUUUCUUCCGACUGUUGUCAGAGAAAUUGCAACACGUAUUGGAUAAUCAGCUAGCAACAGAACGUUUGGAUCGAAUUAUGACGGACACAAGUCCUGUUCCUCCUCAUUCAACUGGCGAUCAAACGACAGACUUCCCACCCACUGCUGGCAAACAACCAGACCCGAUUGAGGAUAUCACCGUCGCGUCUUCGGCUGGUAUGACAGUAUCCACAACUGCAGCUCCUGAGGUAGCCGUGCCCACUACUGUGCCUGACGCUCGGCAAUCUGGUCUGGCUGUAUCAUCCUUGUUACAAAGACCCUGGGCAGAUCGAUUAUUGGCGGCUGCGAGAAUCCAUGAGAACACACGAGAUAAUGCCCAGGCUAUUCUUGAAGAUCACUGUUCACGAAUUUGGGCUGCUUCGGCUGAUCGGACGCCAACUAGCAGCGGAAGUGGAAGUGGAGGGGCCGGUGGUGGUGGUGAAGUUGGUGUUUUAGGCAGCGCUGGGACGAACACGCUCAUGACGGAAACAGACAAUGCGGUUCGUCUGUACGAGCUCGGCUGCCGGUCGCUGGAUCCUGCAUUCCAUUUGAAGACACAUCAACCGAUUAUCCACGUGAAACAGAACGAAGCUGAGGAUGACCCGCGAUCGCUGCACUCACCACAUUCCAGAUCGUCUUCACGGUGCUCCGAUGUUGUCGGUAACCCCUUGCAAUCAACACGAUCGCGACAUCAUGCGUUACUUCCGUCUGGAAAAGAAGAGGGCGAAAUGUGGCCCGGCGAUUCCAUGGCGGCUACUCCCGGAGUUCAGCCGGCUGCUCCGCUCGAGCAACAGCCUGGUAAAGAGUGCAUCGUGGACAGCCAGCCGGUCCCCGAUUCUCCCUCUUCCUGCAUGUCCUCAUACGUUGAAUCAUCUGCUUCUCCGGGACUGCUGCCAACCACACUUCCUUGUGGUCGUCUGUCUAACAUGGAAUCAUCAGUACGCUCUGUGGGGCUACAAGUGGCUGCCUCCCCUGUUCCACCGUGCAUAACGACGCCUCAUUCAGUCUCAUCUUCGUCUACCACUACAUCCGUGGUGUCCGUUUCCACUCCUGGACUACCCGUCAGUUCACCUAGUUCCGGUAGCCCACACUCGCUGGUGAUUGGCUACUAUUUGGGAGACGACCCGGUCCCUUAUCGUAGCCUGUGGCCGUCGGCUGAAAUAACCUUGGGGCAGUUCAAGCAGCUAAUCCCGAAGAAGAAGGGUUCUUUUCGCUACUUCUUCAAAAAGCUCUCCAACGAAUUUGGUUCUGGCGUUGUUCACCAAGAAAUCACCAACGACAGUUGCCUUCUACCCCUGUGGGAAGGCAAGGUUGUCGCAAAAGUGGAGCGCAUCGAAUAAUCCAAUGAACACCGCUCAGUCGCCAGACCUCAUGUUAUUCUACUUAUUUCGUCCAUUCAGUCCGCUUUCAGUCUUACUCUGCAUUGUAGUGCGCCAUUUUUAUGACUUCGGAGGUUGUCUUUUUUGGGAGACUUAUCCCACCCCGUUUUUUCGUAACAUCUGCUAAGUCUUGCUAGUUUCCGAUCCCUUCGGUGCGACAACAAUUGUGCCUUAACCACGACACUCAUCAUGGUCAUUCGUAACUUCUUUCUGUGUGUGUGUGUGUUGGUGUGUGUGUGUGCAAUCCAACGGGCUAAACAGGGUCAUAGUUUGUUUUAUUUUGUGCUCAUUUGUUUCCUUUUCGUUUUUGUUGCUAUGUAUGGAAAUAAGGUGCUGACUUUGUCUGCACCUGACUACUGAAAGCCAUGCAGUAGUAGUAGUGGUGCUGGCUGUAUUGUUUUGCGCUGUUUGCGCUUUUGCCAUUUCUAUCCCCUCCCCGCCGUUUCAGAGAGCAAAGCCUUUUCUUCCAUCUUGCUCCUGUCCUAGAAUGGAACUAGUUUUUUCCCUACGCUUCUGUAUCUAGGCAACUGGGUUGCUUUUUGUCUCAAACGCGCCCGCAUGCUUCUCUGCCUGUCUGUCUGAUCGGUCCUGCUGGUGGCUCGCUGCUUGGACAACAAGCGCCCUUUCGUCUCGCCCCUAGUUUUUACCACCCGUAAAGGAUUGUUCGAUACUGUUUUGGAGCAUUCCUUUGUUGUGAAAUGGAAGACUGCUUCCACGUCGGCAAAACCGUUCACCCUCGACUGCCGUAUUUUUCUACCGUCGUGACCGGUGUUCUCGAAUUAGUGUGAAUCCGACUAAUUUCGUUCGUUUCGAUCCUGUUCCGUGAACAAACUGACACGCUCAGGUGUGCCAGUGCUUUACAGCUCUCUCUCUCUCUUGUGUGUUUUGAUUUGUUCGUUAUUGCGAAAUUGUCCCUCCAAUGCUACUGCUGAUACGGCUUUCUUCUCUUCUAAUGUCUGUUCUUCCUUCAAACCUCCGACUUCUUUUUUUGUCAGUCCGCUUGUCUGCAGCCUAUACGAAAUUUGGCAAUGUAUUACUUCAACUUCGGAUUGCUUCCUGCCAAUCGACGUCACUUUUAGCUUGUUGAUAGUAUGGAACCGUGAAAG